CCUAAUCUGUAUUCUCUCGCUCGCUCGCAUCUCCCGGCUCAUUACUUUCCGUUUCUCAAAUUUUCCCGAGAAAAUCCGAUAUUAAACGCAAUGGGUUCGAAGUCGAAUGCCGGUCAUCCUCACACAGGCGAUGGCGCCAGCCCUGGAAAGAUCUUCAUUGGUGGAUUGGCAAAAGACACUACAUAUGCUACAUUUACUAAGCACUUCGGGAAAUAUGGAGAGAUAGUGGACUCAGUGAUAAUGAAAGAUCGCUUCACGGGUACGCCAAGGGGUUUCGGUUUUAUUACCUAUGCCGAUCCAUCAGUUGUUGACACAGUUAUUGAGGAAACUCAUGUUAUCAAUGGCAAGCAGGUUGAGAUCAAGAGAACAAUUCCAAAAGGACAAGGGCAAUCAAAGGAUUUUAAGACAAAGAAGAUAUUUGUUGGUGGAAUCCCAUCAUCAGUCAUUGAGGAGGAGAUGAAAAGCUUCUUCUCAAAGUAUGGGAAAGUGGUAGAACACCAGAUCAUACGAGACCAUGAGACCAAUCGUUCUCGAGGCUUUGGAUUUGUAAUUUUUGACAGUGAGGAAGUUGUAGAUGAGUUAUUAUCUAAAGGAAACAUGAUUGAUAUGGCGGGUACCCAGGUGGAGAUCAAGAAAGCUGAACCAAAGAAAGCCUCAAAUCCAUCACCUGCUCCUGCAUAUGGUAGCAAUUCUAGGGCUCGUUCUUUCAAUGAUGGCUUUGGUGCAUAUGGCAGUUCUUAUGGUGGUUUUGAUGGAGGGUUUGCCCCUGGCCCUUAUAGGACACCAGGUGGUCUUGGUGGUAGAUAUGGUGGUGGUUAUGGUUAUGGUUAUGGUAGCGAUAGUGGAGAAUUUGGCGGUGGUUAUGGGGGUUUUGGCAGCAGUAGCUUAGGUGGCUAUCGAGGUGAAUCUUCCCUUGGUUAUAGUAGUCGCUUUGGACCCUAUGGUGGUGGCUUUGGUGGGGGUUAUGGUGCAAGUGGUUUAGGUGGUUAUGGCCGAGGUGGUGAAGGCUAUGGAAGUUACGGGAGUUCAAACUAUGGUGGUGGAUAUGACUCUGGUCCUGGUGCUACUUAUGGCGGAGCAGGUGGACCGUAUGGAAGGGGGGGCUAUAGUAGCAGUAGUCGGUACCAUCCCUAUGCAAGAUAGAUAUAGAAGGCGCUAGUCAGUACAUUCCCUAUGCAAGAUAGUAAUGAAGGAUUUUCGAUGCAGUUGCUUAAGCUUUGCCAUAGAAGUCUGGCACAGGUUGCUUAGAUUUGUUUCUGGCACUCAUUUAGGCACUUCUUGGAACUACUAGAGAUUUCCUAUGAUUGCAGUAUGGGAAGCUUUUAAGGUCUGAAGAGUUUAUUAGACUACUUCUCUGUUGUAUGGUUUAGAAAAACUUUGAAGAUUGAAGCACUUGGUGUCUGCUAUGGAUGUCUUGUAGUUUCAUUUCAAUUUAGUAUGUUGUAGACUGUAGCAUCUUAUUAUGGUGUUUAUUACAAUCUACUUAGUGAUCUAGAUAGAUGUUCUAAUGAUUUAAUUAUCUGCUUAGCCUAGCUUGUGAUGUUUACAUUAGCAGUUGGUCGUGUUAUAGUUUUAUGUUGGUGCAUGUUGGAAUGUCUUCUUUUGCUAGUUAGUCCGAAAUGAUGGAGUUCAUA